AUGAACGAUAAUUUCAAUGGAAAUGUGUAUCAAGUCCUCCGUACAAUGCAGCGAUCGAUCAGACAUUCUGCCGCUGGGAGUGCUUGUUGCUAUGAGAUUUGGCGUUUCUUGAAGCCAUGUUUCCUAUCUGCUGGAGUCGUAAGGCCUACUGAAGCCAAGUUGGUAGGAGAAAGCUUUGCAGGACUCGAAGAGAUACGUCCACAGCCGACACGUUGGGAUGCGGAUACAGGUGUGCGAGACAGACCACUGAAGUCUCAGCCUCAGCCACACCUUGCGAGUGCAGAAGACAUACACGCUCGCUAUGCGCGAGAAAUAAUGUUGCUGUAUGGCAAGCGUAAUGUGAUGGAGGAAGUCGCGCCAGAAAUAGAAGAUGCGCUGCAUUGGAAGAUCCCUGCAGAUCGAUUGCGCCUCCCGCAACCAACGCACGGCCCCAGACCCAACUUCCUUGUCGGGAGAGCUUCGCGGACGCUGCACACAUGCAUCUGCUUUGCGAAGGCAAGGAGAAACGUCUCGGCGCUGGGUGACUGCGUUCCUAGGCUAGGCCAUGCUAGCGUACGUCCACCAUGCCGCAAUGCUCUGCUCUCGUACUUGAUAGACCUCAGCCAAACAUGGAACCCUCACGAUAUCCAUGGCCUGUUCAAGCACGUCGAAGGCACCUUCAAGCAAGCUCGUGGCACCACAUGGGCGGGGAAGAGCUUCUGGCUGAAGUUGGAGUAUGAAGAAGCGUAUUGGGAAAGGGAGGUCGAGGUCGGGCAGCGCAGACGAGGCCAUGAGGAGGGCUCAGAAUACGAUCGUCUCAUGCGAAGAUGGAUCAAGAUCUGGUCGAAGAUGACAGCCGCAGAAUGGCAGUGGAAGUUCAAUCACAACGAAUGCGAGUGGGAUGAUAUCCCUGACGGCUUCAAAACAGCCCCAGGCGUUGAUGGGUUCCGCGUGUAUGAAUAUGCGGACAAGGAGCUGGAGCGUGUAGUCGAUGCCGCUUGUGAGAGGGCCAUGGAAGUGGGCAAGGUCGAGCUGGCCAUGUGUGUGCGGCAGAUACAUCAGGAGUCAAUGCACGAUUCGGAACUGCGCGAGCUUCUCGAGAAGAUCCUCACUCAGACAGCCAACGAAGAAGACAACGCACGCUUUCAAGAGUUUGUGAGGGCGGCCAAGAAGGAGAUCAAGGAUCGGGAAGAGGAAGCCGGGGCGGUGCGCGCGCAAGGAAAGGCUACAGGGCAACAAGGGACCUCUUCGAAGAGGCCGCCUCCACCAAAAACCUCCAAACAUCGAGAACCGGCGUCGCCUGAGGAGAUUCGGUAUGAUCCGCCUGGGUGUAAAUGUGCCAAUUGCAAGGGAGGGAAGGAGUGGCAAGACGGCAAGAAGCAGGUCGGUGUGCAGAAGCACGCGGCCGAAACACCACGAGAGGGAGGAGAGGAAGUUCGCCAGGCCAAAGCGGGAGCUUCACCACAACGACCGCCUGCUCCAGAGCAAGAGGACGAGGAUGCGACGCUGGUGGGCGAGAGUACCGAGCUACAUGUGCACGCGGAAGCCAGCAACGCCGCAGUUGAUAACGAUAGCACGGCCACGACGUCAACGCAGCCACAGCCGGCAACCGACCAAACGUCUCUCGCAGACUCGAGUGCAUCAACGCCUCUCGCAGAUUCGAGUGCAUCCUCACCUCUCACCGAUCCAACAAAUGAUUCUGAGAUUCGCAGUCCUGAGCCGCCAGACGCCGCAGAAGAUUGGAGCAGCAGCACACCACUUCCUCCUCCCCCACCUGCCGCAGAUAUGGCUCGCAAGCGUCCGCAAGCGGCUGUGACUUCCGCAGACGGCCCCAGCGACAAUGCAGCCCCAUCUGAGAAACAAGCCCGACAACCACAUGCGGAUCCGCUGGUGACCAAAAUUCUUGGUGACCUUCAAUAUGAGCCUUCCGUGCAGCAACUCCUGCAGCAUGACAAGCCACUUCCAUCGGAGGCCAAUGUGCGACAACUCAAUGCCCGCGAGUCGGCCUUGGAAAUCAUGCGCACCAUCUUGGAGCAUACGCCUGCCGCCAAAACGAGCUUGAAGCUUUUCAUGGAGCAGUUGCAGGAAAUAGAGGAUCUUGGCAAACAUGAGGAAGCCGAGAGUUCUGCUCGCAAAAAGCAACAGAAGAAAGCGAAAGCGAAAGCGCCCGCACGGAAGAAGCGUAUAGAGACCGAGGAGACCGAGGAGGACGACGAGGAUGAGGAAGACGAGGAAGAGCAAGAGCAGGUGCAGGAAUCUGAGGACGAAUCCGAGCAUGAGCCUGUGAGGAAACGGUUGCGAACACGCUAUCCUACCGAUCAAUCUGAGGUUGCUUACGACAGGUUGCACAAUCGAUGGCCAUGUCCCAUGGCGAAGGAGACGGGUUGUACCUCUCUCUUCAGCAAACCAGGCCAUGCUGUCAGGCACGCCCGAUCAGUACAUGACGGCAAGAAGGACGUCAAAUGCCCGGACUGUGGCAAAGCUUUCGCGCGACAUGACAACAUGAACCAGCAUCGGAGAGGCGUGCAUGGAAGGGGCAAACGUAGCCGCGAGUCGCGCUCAUCAUCUGAAGAAGCCGAAGAGGCCGACCUCGAGGAUGCCAGACGAGCGAACAAACGCAGAAAGGCCGCCCGACGCGGCUCAAACGCAAGCUGGAAUUCGGCAGACAAUGCCGAGAGAGAAGGCGCCGAGACGAAUGAUGCCGAUUCUUCUCGCGAAACCUCACCACUUACCGAGUUUACUUCGGAGGAUGAGGAACAGGCAAAGGAGGCUUACAUUGAGGAGCGAUUGCGAGAAACAUCGAACCGUGAAGCGAAAGAAGCUAUCGAAGCUGUGUAUGGACCAAUGUCGCCGACAGAAGCUGGAGACGAUGAUGCAAUAGUAUCCGAUGAAGAGAUGGAGGACUUUCCACCGCCGCCACCGCCGCCUCCACCGCCUCCAGAAGAAGAUUCUGGCGAUCCUCUUCGAAUCAUCUCAGAUGCCACCGCUGCAGCUGUAGCAAAGGACCCCGGCAUCGCCCGGCUGGAGGCUAAGAUCGACUAUUUGCUGAGUCAACGUACCAAUAGCACAUCAAGCAUCAAAGAAUUGACUUCGGCCUCGAUGCGCGAUAGUUCUGCACCAGACAGACCUGUCCCUGCGAAGUCGCCGGCAGAAGCGCUUGCCAGUAUCGCAGAGAUUCUGCAGUCGAAUGCGCUAGAUGGUCAGAGCCCAGAAGUCACAAAACUCCUAAUGCGGAUGGCUAGGGAUGCUGCUGAUGCCACGAUAUACGCUGGCGAGGCUUUGCGUCGUGCUGGUGAAUUGACGAAGAACGUCACAAUGAUGUUGGAGAAGGUUUGUAAGGAUAACAGGAACCCCCUACAAGGAAUUUCUAUUACGGCCACAGCUACGGCGACUGAUGAUGAUGGGAACACAACUACGGCCACUACCCAGGCCAAAGUCGAUUGA